AUGUGGUCCCUGCUGGGGCGAAGCCUGGCGUCGCCGGAUCCGGGUACAGUUCUGUCUGCAAAUACAGAAGCCCAGUGUGGAAGUGUCUCAGAAGAUAAUACCCAUCUGUCAACAACCUGCCAAGGAUAUGUUUUACCAGAAGGAAAAAUCAUGCCAAAUACUGUCUUUGUUGGUGGAAUUGAUAUAAGGAUGAAUGAAGCAGAAAUUCGGAGUUACUUUGAACAGUAUGGUACUGUGAAGGAAGUGAAAAUAAUCACUGACAGAACUGGUGUUUCCAAAGGGUAUGGAUUUGUUUCAUUCCUGGACACUGUGGAUGUUCAAAAAAUAGUAGAAUCACAGAUCAGUGUCCAUGGUAAAAGGCUGAAACUGGGACCAGCAAUUAGAAAACAACAAAACUUGUGUUCUUAUGUGCAGCCUAGACCAUUAGCUUUCAAUCCUCCUGCACCACAAUUCCAUAGUGUAUGGAGUAACCAAAAUACAGAGACCUACGUGCAGCCUCAAGCUGUGGUGAGCCCGCUAACUCAGUAUGUACAGACGUAUGCAUACAGUUCACCAGCUUUAUUGAUACAGCAGCAAGUUCCUGUAGGAUAUCAGCCAGCAUACAACUAUCAGGCUCCACCACAAUGGAUUCCUGGGGAGCAAAGAAACUAUGUUAUGCCUCCGGUUUAUACUUCGGUAAACUAUCACUACAGUGAGGAUCCAGAGUUUAUACAGACGGAAUGUGCUGCUCCAGAGCCCACACAGUUGUCUGGUAAUAGUCCACAAAAAAAGUCUGUGGACAGGAGCAUACAAACAGUAGUAUCUUGUCUGUUUAAUCCUGAAAACCGCCUGAGGAACAGCUUUGUAUCACAAGAAGACUACUUCAGGGAGAGGAGGGCGCAUCACUUCAGAAAAGGAAGAGCAGUGCUCAAAAGUGUUUGA